AGAACGGGAGAUUGACUGUCCAAGUACUAAACAGGUGAAGCUCCAGCCAAUAACACGGACAAUAAAUCCGAUCGACGACUCAUUUACCCAUUAAGGUACCUAGGUACACAGGUUGGUUGACCUCCGAACGGCCCCGCCUGCCCCGCGUCUGACCGGGAAAUUUCGCCAUCGUCACCACCACAAUAAUAACUCCUUUCCUUUACACAUUCUUACCUCAGACCUCAAUUUUCUCAUUGAUUCUCGCCAUUAUGACCGGACACGUGGAAGAGCCCAAGCGCUUUUCGCCAAAGGAGCCCGUUCAGCUCAAUCCCCCCAAGGAUGACCCGAUCACCAAGGAGGAAUUGGCCAAGUGCGACGGCACGGACUCCAAUCGUCCGACCUUGGUCGCUAUCAAGGGCAUUGUCUUCGAUGUGACCCGGAACGCGGCCUACAGCCCAACUGGCCAGUAUCAUGUGUUCGCAGGAAAGGACCCCUCGCGGGCCCUCGCCUCCUCGUCCCUUAAACCCGAAGACUGUGUCCCCGAUUGGUAUGACCUGGAGGACAAGGAGAAGACCGUCCUGGACGAAUGGUUCACUUUCUUUAGCAAGAGAUAUAACAUCGUUGGAAAGGUCCAAGGUGCCACGAACUACUAGGUGACGGAAAACAGCGAAUAUUACAAAAACAAUUGCAACAAAACAAGACCCAAGGCAGAUCUAGUUCGGAAGGUGUACUACUAUCGCACUACAUCAUCCCUCUCCCUAUACCCACACAAGUAAGGCUCCUGAUGUCUUAUGAUUCCUGCUCGGCACCAU